AUGGCGCGAAACCCAAUAAUUCAGUUGUUUUUGGUAACAAUUAUCAUCCAAAGGGCGCUGAACAUGCCUAUUGCUCACGGUAAUUUGAGCAGAUUUUUCAAUUUUUUUGAACGAAAAAAAUAAUUUUUUUAGAAGACUCUCCGAACGAAGACGCAGAAGCCAUUCUGCAGAUCGAUCCUGUUGAGGUAUUAUUAAAAAAGACAUUAUUUUUCUAAAGAAGUUUUUUUCAGAUAGCAGAGGUUCACAUCGAUAACACGACUCUGAACUGUAAGUCCUUUUUCAAAAUAAAAAAGACCAAUCCGAUCGUAUGGAAAAAAAAAUUCCAUAUGAUCGGAUUGGUCUUUUUUUAUAUCAGACUUUCCAAAGGUCACUCUGAUAAAAUAUAGAAAUUACUUGCUUUGGCUCAAAAAAAAGUUGACAGAAAAAAUCAGUAGAGCAAAAUUUGCGGUUGAAUUCAAAUACGCUAAAGUUUGUUAGAAAAUCUUUGUGGCGGUUUCAAAAACACAUAGGCUUUUCAUGACCUAAAUUGGUCUUGGAAGUAGUUUUUAUCGUCCAAAAAAUCUUGAAACUUUGUCUGAACUGCUUUAUGAGGUUCAAGAACUAUUCAAAAAAAGAUUUUCAACUCAUUGAAGCCUUGUUUCUCAGCGGAAGAGCACCACGACCUGGAAAAAAGAAGACUGGACAGCAAUGAAAGGUCCAACGAACACAUGGAGCACGACCUCCACAAGCGGAGCCAUGAAGAGAAUCCCGAAGAUCAUCAUCACGCCAAAAAACGGACCGCCGAUCCGGACCCGGACCAUCAUCAUCCUCAGCCGACGCCUCAUUCAGCCAGACUUCGACGGUCUCAUACCGUCGGUAAGACUUUUCUUUGCCAUUCUCAUGAGUUUCCUUUUUUGAACUCGAAGAACCAAUUUAGAAUGUUAUACUCAGUAAAUUUAUAAUUAAUUUUUCAAGAGCUUUUAUGGUUGAAUCGACAACUUCAGCAUAUUUCAUAAUUUUCAAUUUUAAGCCGGAGACACCUUGAAUUUUUCAGACGACGAGCACAAGGACCAUCAUCUUGAGAAGAGAAAUCCCACGCCUGACCCAAAAAGGGGACAGAACUAUCACGACGUCGAGCAAUCUUUCCAAGAUUUUUUGAGGGAGCGACGGAGCGCGGAGCAUCAUCAUGAGGAGCAAGAGGUUUGCACACAGCUUACUUUGGAAAGCUGAAGUUCGCCCUUAAGGGAUUUUGAGGUUAAGUGAGUCCUAUAUGGAGGUAAACUUGAAUAACCCCCUUUAGGACCUUCAUAAUCCCAUAUAAGCUUCAUUUUCUUCUUACGCUGUUGUAUUGCUUGAGCGGCCUCAAGCUGAUUAGCCGAGGUCCUAUCCUGAUAUCAGAGAUGAUCAGUGGACUGGCUCUAGUGACCUAUGCGCCCUUGUGACAGCUGGGGAUUUUUGAAGUAACGGUUUUUCCAAUACGAACAAUAUUUAAAUCCCUUGGUUGGGUCGCAGUGGGGAUCGAACUUGUGACCCUGUGGACCGUAGCCAGGCGCAAAACCUGUUGCGCUACGGCGCGCCAAUCUCUAUAUAGGGAUUGAAUGGUUUGGGAAGAAAAGGAAAUAUUCUAGAUCUGAAAAAUAAUUUUCUCAAGAAAAGUUGCGUCUCCAUCAUUAGGAAGCUUGAACUCUGCUUGUGAAAAAAAACGAAAAAAACUGAUUUCAAGCACGAAAACCCGGAUGAGUGGCUGGAUUCGAUCGAAAACGAGGAGCCGGAGGAGAUCCGCGACCGGAGGUCGACCAGCGAAUCUUCGACUGAGAAGGAGCUUCCCUUCGCCAGCGACUUCGAAAGCCCAGCUGACUCAGUAGGUAUACUUCCUUUUACGCUUUUUAGUCCAGCUUAGUGCUUUCUGUAGUCGUUGAAAUUUAACUUUCAAUCAAGUGCUCCUUGAAUAUUUUUUUUAACAGUUUCGCCUAUUUGAAAAUUUGAACUUGGCUCGAGAAAAGUUGAGUUGAAAUUAACUAGUGGGAAAGUUUGGUUCAGGAAAUAUUGUUCUAAAGUUCAAAAUCAAGAAACUUUUAGUUGAAGCCCAAUAUUUGACCGUUUUGCUCGGAAAAUAUUGAUUUGGAGAUCGAAAUUUGAAGAUUUGGAAAAUAUUUUUUUGAAUGCAAUACUUCAAAAUUCAUUUUUUUUUUCUUGGUUUUCGUUCGAACAAACGUUGAAAUGUUUGAAAUUGACGACUUCAUUGCUUUCCCAACGGCAAUUUUCACAUCAAACUUACGCUUCAUAGGGACGAUAAGUCCAACUAGACUGAGAAAGUCUGUUUCUUCUUCAAUCCCAUUUUCCUAAUGAUAAGAGAUCAAAGAAAAUAAUUUUUCAAGGAGAAAUCGAAGUCGGGCUCAUCUUUUGUAAUGUUUUUCCGGAAAAUAUUAUCCUCUUCCCCAUUUUAUGUUUUUUUAAAUCAAAUAUUAAAAUUUUAACUUUCUAAAAGAAUAGUUUUUUUCGAAGCGUCAAAAUUGUUUUUCUACAAAAAUCCUGCAAAGAUUUUUUUUACCGAAACAAUAUCAAUAUAGCAAGGAAAAUAAAUCUAAUCUUUGAUAGAAAAAUUACCAUUAUUUUGUCUAGGAGGAUCGAUUGAAAAGAUUGUAGCCUCGUAUAGAAAAAAACUUCAAAAAAACUUAUUUGAAUUCUUCGUUGAAUUUUUUUAAGCUCAACACAGUUGACUGGGAAUAAUUCAAAAAAGAAAAAUGAAUAACUUAGCUUUUUAUCGGCCUUUGUUUAUAUUCUGCUCGGAAAGGAUUACUAACGCCUUUUUGAGAAGAGUUCGUCAAGCCUUCUUUAAGAAAAAAAAAACUUAUAAACAUCAUUCACCGCAGGACCAAUGUCAAAAGGAACGUCUUAGAACCUUUUUCACUCAGUUUUUUUUGGUUUUCCUUUUCUUAAGGCUGAUUUGAAUGAACCAUACAACUUUUUCCAGUUCUAGCUCUUUUCCUAAUAGAGAUAGGAGGAUUUGAUGUACAAUGCUGCCAUUUUUUCAACGCCUUUUGCGAGAUCCAGUCCUUUAUAAGAAAGCCACCGUGAGAAUCAGCCGUUUUGCAGCCAUUCGAGUGAAAAGAGUGUCGCGGGCCGGCAGCAGCCACCGCGGCCGAGUCAUGAACAAAAACCGCGGCGGGAACAGCCGAGCCGGCCAAACCGAAGACGCGCAACCGACUCCCGAGUAG